AUGGAGAAUCCUUGUGAAAUGCAUCUGCCAUUACUGUUGUGCUUAUUGCUGAUAGGACUUCAAGCAUAUGGAAGCUUUAGCUGCUUGGAUGAAGAGAGAAUUGCUCUUUUGAAAAUCAAAGAUUCAUUCAAUAGCCCGGAUGGGUCUGCUAUCUCUUUAUGGGGUGAUGAAGAGGUGGACUGCUGCAAGUGGGAAAGGGUUGUAUGCAAUAACUUGACAGAGCGAGUCACAGAGCUAUAUCUCCAAGGAACAAGAGAGCAAAAGCCUGGUGAAAUUGAUGCCUCUUUAUUUCUUCCUUUUCAGGAGUUGCAGACGCUGACUUUGGAGAAUAAUACCAUACAAGGUUUGAAGGGAGAACUAAGGUUAAAGAAGCUACAGCAGUUGAAUUUGGCUCAUAACCGACUCACUGAAAUUCCAUCCUUGGGAACACUAUUAAACCUCAAGUAUCUUAAUCUUGCAUUCAAUUAUUUGGAAAAUUUAUCUGGUUUUAGAAAGUUAACUACUUUACAUGGUCUGCAAACAUUAACCUUCAUGAAUAAUCAAAUCAGGGGCAACUUACCCCCAUCCAUUGGAGACUUUAACUCCCUCAAGUCCUUGUCAUUUUCAAACAACAAAUUAAAUGGAUCUUUGCCCGAGGAUGGAUUUUGCAGUUUGAGGAACAUUGAAGAGUUAGAUCUUAGCUCAAAUGGCUUUGAGGGAAGUAUUCCGUUAUGUUUUAGCAAUUUAACAUUCCUAAAGUUCCUGGAUCUUUCUUCAAAUGCACUUAGUGGAACCAUCCCUUCAACUCUUUUCUCUAGCCUCACAUCCCUUGAACUUGUUUCCCUUUCUUAUAAUCGCUUUGAAGGAUCUAAGAGUUGUAGACCUCAGUUACAACAGGAUAAUGGGGAGCAUUCCUACGUGGUUGCUGAAGAACAAUUCUGGACUACAAUUCCUUUCCCUUCGAGGAAACUUCUUUACGGGUUCACUUGUUUUGCACUCUGGCCAUUGGUUUGGAAACCUGUCUUGGCUUGA